UUCCCCUACGUCAUUUCAUGAAUCUAAUCAAAAUGCCAGGCUUAUCGAGCUUUCUCACCGAAAGUCUUCCGAGCAAACCAAACUAGACAGCCAUGAGAAACUAGACCUGGACAUCAUUCAAUUCCUUGACCUUAUUGACAAAUUUCGAGUGUUUCGUUUUUAUGAUGUCAUUGACAACUUUUUAACUGAAAAUGACCAUGAAUCUUGGGUAGAAUAUGAAGUCGAUCAAGGCCCAGCUGAAGCAUCGAAUGGGAAAAAUAUUGGUGAUGGAUAAACCGCCUAGCCCGAGCACCAGCAACAAUCGCCGGAACGCACAGCAGUCGACAAACAGGAGUCGUGCAAACGAUUUCCAGGAUCCGGCAUCGGCUGACAGCAGCAAGCAUCGUCUUUUCUGGGGCAGCAAGCGAAACUCUACAGUCGGCAAGGACGAAAGGCGCUCCAAGGCCGACGUGAGCCUGGGCGGGAAGAAGAAGCCACCGCAGGUCACAGCACCGAGGCAGUCGACUUACACCCAGACGGACAUUGGCCGAGGCCGGUCGAAUCGCAAGCGGAAUACGCGGUACCUUGCGGUGGGAAACACGGCCCUCAACAGCAGGGAUACAAUUCGGUCAGCAACCGGGCAAAGGAAGCCUGAGGAGCUGACCGCCCGCUGCAGUGCGACGCACGAGGGCCGCAAGCUGCUGCAGGAGCGACUGAUGGUGCGGGUCGACGCUCUGUUCAACAUCCUCUUCUCCGCCUCGCCGUUCCUGCAGAGCUUUCACGAGCGACGCAAGUCCACCGAUCUGCGGAUGGGCGGCUGGGCGCGCAACUCCGCCGGCCAGAACGAACGCAAGGUCUCGGUGACCGUGGCCCUUCAAUCGAACGUCGGCCCCAAGACCGUCAAGGUCACCGAGACGCAGGUCAUGCGCGAGUGCAGCCAACCCGGCCAGCUGUACUCCAUCGAUGUGUACAGCGUCAACGCCGAGAUCCCCUACGCGGACGCCUUUGUGGUUCUGUUGCACUUCUGCCUCAGGGCCACCGUGGAGGAGUACACGGACGUCCUCGUCUUUGGCCAGGUGAAGUUCCUCAAGUCCGUGUGGGCGGUGGUCAAGGCCUUUAUCGAGAAGAACACGUACGCGGGCCUGGAGGAGUUCUGUCAGUCGCUGUACAGCGCCCUGCUCAUCGAGAUCAAAAAGAUGUAGCCCAAAGUACCUAACUACUCUUCAUUAUAGCUAAACUGUGUUC